CACGCCACAGACGCGUUUAGCAACUUGAAAGUUACAACCGCCAUGCGCAUCUGCUACUAGCUGCCAGUUGAUUGGUGGUUAAAUUGUUUAAUGCAAAGCAGGUACUAGUACCGUACCAACUGACUUCCCUGUUAUGUAACUCCCCCCUCGCGCCGCUCUCACAACGGCGAUUCCAAAUCUAUCUAUUAUUUUUAGCGCUACGUACGCGCGUGUUGCGCAUCCACAUGAUCCCCUCAACUGGACCUUUAUAAGGAGCUGUAGUUGAGCUGGUCGCGUCUUUGACCCGCAGAAUAUCAAUGGCCCCCGGUUCUCGCUACGUUGGCCUCCUGGCGCUUGCCGCUGGAUGUCUUCUGCCUUCUGGUGUCCUUGCUCUCUGGCCCAGCCCAACUACACUCGAGACAGGAAUGACCGCCCUCAAGGUCUCCCCUGCUUUCUACUUUGACGUGCAGGUUGAAGGCGCGCCGGUGGAUUUGUACGAGGCGGUUGCACAAGCGCAAUACUAUCUUGCAAACGACAAACUCGGACGUCUUGUCGUCGGUCGCGGCGCAAAUGACACUACCGCCCUCGCCAGCGCGAAGACGCUUUCGAAGUUGACGUUGUCUCUCACGAGCUGGGCUACUGCGGAGCCUAUUGCUUCUGAAGCUGUCAAGCCCCUGGGCACCCGUAGCGAGGAGUACGCGCUGACGAUUCCAGCAGACGGCUCGGCUGCUACUUUGACCGCGAACUCGACGUUGGGUCUUUACAGAGGACUCACAACCUUUAAUCAGAUGUUCUACUACUACGGUGGGGUAACCUACACUUUGCUUGCCCCGAUUGCUAUCACGGACACUCCCGCAUAUCCUUUCCGAGGAUUGGCGCUGGACACUGCGAGGAACUACUACCCCGUCGGCGACAUACUGCGAACUUUGGACGCGAUGAGCUGGGUCAAGAUCAACACCUUCCACUGGCAUAUCACGGACAGUCAAAGUUUCCCGCUUGAAGUUGCGCAGUAUCCCGAGCUUGCCAUCAACGGUGCCUAUUCUCCGCAAGAAGUUUACACUGCGAGUGAUGUCCAAUACAUCGUUGAGUAUGCCGCUGCAAGAGGUAUCGAUGUUAUGAUGGAAAUUGACACACCCGGCCACACUUCCAUCAUUGCAGCCACUUAUCCCGACUACAUUGCGUGCUUUGACGAAACACCAUGGGCGACCUACGCCAACGAGCCCCCCGCUGGACAGCUUCGCUUCGCACUCCCCGAGGUCGUGAACUUCACGGCUUCCUUACUCGCCGGCGUCGCAAAGAACCUGCCUUCGUCCUACUUCAGCACUGGUGGCGAUGAACUAAACACAAACUGUUACGCCAACGACUACCCCACACAGCUACAGCUCAACAGUACGGGCAUGACGCUGAACAGUGCUCUGGACACGUUUACGCAGGUGACUCACGCCGCACUUAUCGCCGAGGGAAAGACGCCAGUCGUAUGGGAAGAGAUGGUUCUCAACUGGAACCUUACACUCGUCAACGAGACUAUCGUGAUGGUCUGGAUCUCUUCCGCGGAUGCUGCAGCAGUAGCAGAAAGAGGUUUGAGGAUCGUCCAUGCGCCAUCUAAUUACUUCUACUUGGAUUGUGGUGCUGGUGGAUGGGUGGGAGCCUACCCCGCUGGAAAUAGCUGGUGCGACCCCUUCAAGACGUGGUCUGAGGCAUACACUUUUGAUCCCUUGGCAAACUUGACAGAGGCACAAUACGGACUCGUUCUUGGAGGCGAGCAACUGUUGUGGAGUGAGCAAUCUGCUCCUCAAAAUCUCGACCCUAUCGUGUGGCCCCGUGCUGCCUCCUCAGCAGAGAUUUUCUGGAGUGGCAAGCAGCCCACAGGCGCUCCGUUAAACGUCACCGAGGCACUACCUCGCUUGCACGACGUCCGCUACAGGAUGGUACAGCGCGGGCUCAAGCCAAUCCCACUCCAGCCACAUUGGUGUGCGCUCAGGCCUGACGCGUGCGAUCUGACGGCUUGA